AUGGCUUCCACCUCCUACCUUUACAUUUUUGCAAUUGUGCUAUUCUCAAUUGCAACAAAUGAGAUGUGUUUUGCUUCCCGCAAUUUGCUGCAAGCAACCACAUUCCCGACACUGCCACAACCACAAAUGCCCACCAUCCCCACACUGCCACUACCACAAAUACCCAGCAUCCCUAACAUGCCCAAACUUUCCUUUCCUCCAUUGCCUUCUAUGCCUACCAUCCCUAACUUUCCAACAACUCUUCCCAAUAUUCCUUUCUUUGCUCCACCACCUUCCAAGAAGUAG